AAAUACAAAAACCUAAUAACGAGAUUAGACAACUUUUAAUUUAGAUUUUUUAUUUAUUGUUUGUUACCCAGUGGCAGGCAGGAUCUUCACACACCCGCAAUAAAAAAACUUAGGACAGUGGAUUUUUUCGCAGUAACAGUAGCUUUCCUAUGGCCGCAUUAGAGCCACAUGUUUAUUUAAUUAAAGACUUAUUCGCGGGUGGCAAAACACAUGCACAGAUUUUCACCUAUUUGCAGCAAAUGGGUGUCCGGCGAUGCUCCGAAAUGAGCGUUAGAAGAUUCUGUUUUCAACACAACCUUCAACGAAAAAUGCAUUUAUCGGACACAGAACUGGAAUCCGCUGUGAUUGGCUCAGUUUAUAAGGUAGGGCCGUCAUAUGGCCGAAAAUUCAUGACUGGCUAUCUGUCUUCUCUUGGAUUGCGUGCAGGGGAAUGUCGUGUCGGAAAAAUCCUUAGAGAAGUUCAUCAGCCAUACCAUGAAUUGCGACGUCUGGGUGCACGUAAUCUUAACCCAGUUCCUUAUCAUGCCGAUGGUAUGGGCCAUAAACUGCACCUUGAUCAAAAUGAAAAGCUUGUAAUGUUUGGUGUAACACAAGUACUGGCCAUUGAUGGCUACAGCAGCAAAAUUGUUGCCAAUGCUACAAUGCCAGUGAAAAAUAAUCUUGUGAUUUAUGAACAAGUGUACAGAUCUGCUGUAGUUAAUUACGGCCUGUGGGACCAGCUGAGGGUUGACCAUGGCAGAGAAUUUUACAUGUGCCUAUACAUGCAGGAGAAGCUGUCGAGACACAGGCAGAACCCCAGCAGACAACCAUACCUUCAAACUACUUCAACAAGGGAUUUGGCCUGA